UACUUCACUAACAUAUUGACUGGUUUAGAACAAAUUCAUAUGGUUGUGUAAGAAGGCAAAAGAAUAAAAACAUUCACCGACCAAAUAUUUCGCGAACCAAACUUUCCGUUCAGUCUUAUAAUUCAAUUCAAGGGAACAUCAAGGGAUUCCAAUAAAAGACAUGAGCCAUCGUAAACAAUAAAAUCAAAUGUUCUAUUACGGUUUGGCGCCCAGGGUGGGAAAAAAAAGCAUGUCUGCAUGAAUAGUUGGCUCGUCUCUGGUGUCACACUUGAAAGUGUCAUAAAGAGAUAGGCACACAUCUGCCCACGGAGCAGGCUUUUAGCUAAGCCUUCACUCAACAGCAAACCGCCAUACGGCGCAUGUAGAGAGGGUGUGCCUCUUUUGUUUGAGAAAUUGAACUUAAAAAAAAAAAAGUUAUUGAUCAGUGAUAUUCGCACUGAGAGCAGGGAAGCUGCAGGGCGACGGUGUUAGACCACAUCUGCAUGAUUGCUUUUGGACAAGAGAGAAAUCAGCAAACUAGAGUGCUCCAGCGGUGUGCGUUGCUGGUAACAUCUCAGCCCCUUGAGAGAUUUCAUGGGAAAAAUCCACAGAGGGGAAGGACCGCAGAGGAGAGUUUUUGGCAAGAGAGGAUGCAACUGUUGUGGUCUGGCGUUUUGUGACGAGGACUUCCUCCGCCGUUGGGUCGAGCUUCUUAUCAGCAGUUAGAGGUGACGAACACGCGGGAAUGAGUGUUGGCGUCGGAUGCCGAAGGUCGGAGGUGAAGACGCUGAGCUCAGUGGUUGCCAGGCCUUAACUAUGGUAGUUGAGGUGAGGCCUCAUCCGUCCUCAUCAAUAAAAGAUCCUCUUUUCUCAUCAUGCUGAAAAACCCCGCCGCAUCUGCGCCUUACAUCGUGGUGGAGCUGCUGAUUGCCAUCUUUUCCGUGCUGGGCAAUGUGCUGGUCUGCUGGGCCGUGUUCCUCAACAGCAACCUGCAGAGCAACACCAACUUCUUUGUGGUGUCACUGGCUGUGGCUGAUAUUGCCGUGGGCGUCCUGGCCAUUCCCUUCGCCAUUGUGAUCAGCAUCGGCUUCUGCUCCAACUUCUAUGGGUGCCUCUUCAUCGCCUGCUUCGUGCUCAUUCUCACCCAGAGCUCCAUCUUCAGCCUGCUGGCCAUCGCGAUGGACCGCUACAUUGCAAUCAAGCUCCCGCUCAGGUAUAACAGCCUGGUGACGGGCAAGCGGGCGCAGUGCAUCAUCGCUGUCUGCUGGGUUCUCUCCAUCAUCAUUGGCCUCACCCCCAUGAUGGGCUGGCACAAGUUGUCUGAGAAAGAAAGCAGCGAUUGCCCACCGGGUCUGAUGACGUGCCUCUUCGAGGAGGUGGUGGUCAUGGAUUAUAUGGUGUACUUUAACUUUUUUGCCUGUGUGAUGAUUCCUCUGCUGCUGAUGCUGGCCAUCUACCUGUGUAUCUUUAUGGCAGCUCGUCACCAACUCAAGCUCAUUGAGGUCAAAGCGGUUCACGGGGAAAAGUCACGCUCCACUCUCCAGAAAGAAGUCCAAGCUGCCAAGUCUCUGGCCAUCAUAGUGGGCCUGUUUGCCGUCUGCUGGCUGCCCUUACACAUCAUCAACUGCUUCACGCUUUUCUGUCCCAAGUGCCAGCGCCCGCCGCUCUUCAUCAUGUAUGUGGCCAUCAUCUUGUCGCACGGCAACUCGGUGGUCAACCCCUUCAUCUACGCCUAUCGCAUCCGCGAGUUCCGGCAAACCUUCCGGAAAAUAAUCCACAUCCACAUCCUGGGCCGUCAGGAGUUGCCGGGGAGAAGCGGCAGUAAGCGCUACUCGCUUCACAGCAGCUUCAACGACUCCAUCAGGCUCAAGGCGAACUUUGACCUUUGCACCGAGCAGGGCGGCAGCAGCACGGAAAACUUUGCUCGCCUCUCCCCUGUCGCGGGCGUUCUAUUGGCCGUAUCCCAAACGCCCCUGUCACUUGUUGUGCCAAAUGGUCCCAAAAUGGAUCCCAUCGGACCGACUCAAAUGCCCAUCUGUCAUCAGAGCCAGUAUUUGGUGGGAUCACAAGGCGUGGAGGAAAAUAAGGCACAGAACCAGAGUGCCGCCCGGGCGCAACCACAGUUUAACUGGCAGAACAGGGAAAGCAGCCUGAGUGAGCUCACUCUCGUGUCUUGACACACACAGCAGUUAUCACCACUCCCCUGGUCAAAUUUCUUUUGACAUGCUUGGCUAACCUGAGGGUACAUGCUGCAGAACUCUCGAAACCAGUUAUUUCCCCCCAAUGUGCCGUAAGAGAUCAUCAUCAUCAUCAUUAUGAUCAGGGGUAUCAUGGGAAAUUCACUAAUUUGACUUCAUUGGCCCAAAAAGUAUUUAUUUUCUGUCAAUCUUGUAUCUUUGUUCACUUCAUCCAUGGCAGUGACAUGUGGUGACAGGCAGAACAAUAAAAUAGUCUUCCACUUUUUGACAGAAUGUACCACUGAACAGAAUCCACUUUUUGUAGCAUUCUUUUUUUAGUGCUGUGCAGUGAGUUUUUCCAACAAGGUAUGUGUCUGGGCUCAAUCAAGGUCUGGAAACACACUUCUAAAGCACAGGUCAAACCAAAGGCUCGGAGGCCAGAUCUGGCUUGCCGCUCAUUUUUUUGCGGCCCACUAAAGCAAGUCGAGGUUGCCUUCCGUUGUCCUUUAUUUUUUUUAAAUGGCUGUGCGCUUUUCCUAAAGUCACAAAAUCUCGCCCUACAUUAUCCAUCCAUCCAGCCAUUUUCUAAUCCGUUUAUCCUCACAAGGGCCGCCGGCAUGCUGGAGCCCAUCCCACACCCUGAACUGGUUGCCAGCCAAUCUCAGUCCCUUACAAUUUCUUUAUUUUCAACAGAGCAUUUUCUUCACCAAAUUGCUUCUUUAACAGUCCUUGUAUUCGUAAAUACAGUAUUUACCUACAUGCUACAAUUUUUCAUGACUUCUGGGUACAAAAUGUUUUAACAAUAUUUCUAAUAAUAAUCUGUAGGGAAAAUUGCAUAUGAUUAACAUGCUUGGGUGCCAAGGCAUUUACUGUUUCUCACAGCCAUAGUGGCUCUGUGUGGGAAACCCAAACUAACGUGCUAUGACAGCAUGGCUUCACUAUAAGAGUGCGAGUCAGAGACUGGCCUGUCUGCAGUCCAGACCUGUCUCCCAUUGAAAAUGUGUGGCGUAUUAUGAAGACAAUGGCGACUGUUGAGUAACUGAAGUUCUACAUCAGAGGUUCCAAACUCGUGACCCAUGGGCCAUUUGCAGCUUGCAGGAUGAUAUUUUGUGGCCUCCUACUUAACAUCAAAGUUUAAUAUUAGUGUGCCCCCUGUGUUUUUUUUCUUUUUCGUUGCCCUGGGGUUUUGUGUGUCUUGGUGUGUGUGUUUUUAAUCACUCAUGGGCUCCCAUUGCAAGGGCUCAACUUUUGGCAAAAUGUAAUUCUGAAGUGACGCCAAGUGGAAGGAAAACAUAUCCUGACACUCAAUCCCAGUCAUGUCUUUUUCAAAACCUACCGUAAAGAAAAAAAUUUGGGGACGAGAACAGCCAAUUCCUCGAAAAACUUUUUUUUUUUUGGGGGGGUGGGGGGGGGGUUAGCACAGGGGCACCCCAACAUACCUUAGUUUCACAGAGAAAGUUGCAGUGCUUAAGAAAUCAGAUGCCAUGACUUAAGUAGACUUGCUGAGGCAUAUGCAAAGUACCAAGGAGAUGCAAGGGAGGACUGGGUAACCAAUCAUGUUCAUGUUCUGAACUGUUGAUUGGAUUAGUUGUGGAAUGUCUGAUAUGGCCCAGACACACCCAGACACUAUCUCAAGUGGCGACCUCACAAAAAGUCAGUUGAGUUUGAGACCCCUGUUGUCCAUCAAGCAAGACUGGGAAAGAAUUCCAUCGACAAAGCUUCAACAAUUCAGUGUCUUCAGUUCUAAAAUGCCGCUUGAGUGCUGUUAUUAGGAAAGGUGAUAUAACGUAGCGGUAAACAUGUCCCCGCCACAUUUUUGGGGAAUGUGGUGUUGGCAUCAAAUUUAAAAUGAAUGAAUAUUUGAAAAAACAAACAUACAAAAAAAAAGAUAAUCAGUUUGAACUUUAAAUUUCUCUUCUUUGUAGUGCAAUCAACAGAAUAUGUCAUCAUUGUCCUGUGUUCUGAUUUAUUUACGUUUGACGCAAGCUAACUUCAUUGUAAUUGGGGCUUGUUUUUGGGGUUAUUUCUCAUAUCAAAUUUGGAACUGAUGAGAAAGAUCUGGUUCACUCAUCCUGGGAAAAGCGUAUUGAGUCAGUCAGACUAACUUUGGAGCUCUUUAUUUUCCCAGCGUUACUUUCAGUUCCCCUGUGAAUUCAGGUUAGAGGAGUCAGGGCCUACUUCUGUUUGAAAUGUUCCCCGGGGUGCUCAAGUACUAUUAAACAUUUACCACAGAGACUACCACUUGUCCUCGGUUUCUAUUCGGAGGGGUUGCUCAUAUGGGUAUGUUGCAACAGUUCAAAAUGAGGAGAACAUUUCUGCUUGUUCCUAUGUUCACCAUUCAGAGCUAUUAUACAGUAUAUCACACAAGCUCUUAGAGGAUCAACACAUUUGAUAAACGUACUGUAAAAUGCCACAUGAUUCAAUCUCAAUAAAUCAUGAUCUGU